CCACUUUCGACGACGCCAUUCAGUUCUUCAACGACUCGCUGUCACGGAUACGACAUUAGAACUGCGCCUAUCCGACCCACUCUCACCUCCAGCUGUACCCGUCUCUCGUUACCCCGAUGGCCACUAGUACUCCUGCAGAGCUCGUCCUCAUCUCUGGCCUGAACGGCUUCGUCGCCACCGACAUCGCCCUUGCCUUCCUGAAGGCGGAGUACCGCGUGCGCGGGACGGUGCGCUCGCAGGCGAAGGCGGACAUAUGGCUCCGCCUGCCCGCGUUCGCGCCGUUCAUCGCACACGGGCAGGUGGAGGUCGUGUUCGUCUCGGAUAUCGUGCGCCCGAAUGCAUUCGACGACGCGCUGGCAGGCGUGGACUACUUCCUGCACACGAUCGCGCAGCUGCCCGACUGGCGUCCGGGCGUGCAGCAGGAUAUGGAGCGGGACAUCUUGCGUCCCAACAUUGAUGGGACGGUGAACGCGCUCAAGUCCGCGUCGAAGUUCCCCAACGUCAAGAAGGUGAUCAUCCACGGCUCCGUCGCAGCCGCACUCGAUAUGUCGAUUCCGAAGCACGAGAAGAUCGUCGACGAGAGCUCGUGGAACCCUACCGAUUACGAGUAUGGCAAAAAUGCGCCACACCCCCUCUUCUCGUACGGAACAUCGAAAAAGCUCGCAGAGAAGGCAGCGUGGAAGUACGUUGCCGAGACGAAGCCCCAUUAUGCUUUGAUCACCACGCUGCCUUGCUACGUCUUCGGACCCUCCAAUGGGCUUGAUCCCUAUGGCUUGAACAACUCUUCACAGCAGUGGAUCGCGGGCACGCUCUUCCGUUGCGACUGGAACUUCAAAACGUCAGCUGGCGGGCCUGCCUACGUCGACCUCCGCGACGUCGCGCGCGCACACGUCCUCGCUGUGCAGCGUGCGGAGGCCAACGGCAAGCGUCUGCUCCUCGGAAAGACCGACCCGGUCGUGCGCUUCCCGUCCGAUUUCGUCCCGCUAUUCGAGCGCGAGUUUCCCGAGCGGGCGCACAAGCUUCCCAAAGUCCCGGCGGAUUUGGAGAACGUGCCCCAGUACGACGUUGACCCAUCUGCGACGGAGGCUGUGCUCGGGUUCACGUUCCGCGGUCCUCGGGAGAUCGUCCUCGAGACUGCGCGUUGGCUCAUUGACAGCGGGGCGGACAAGGCCUGGGAGGUGGCCACUGCUCGCUACUGAGGCUACCACGGGAAAGGCAGAGGGACAAUGAGCUCACCUACAGAUAAUUUUUGGAAGUGACCGUACGGUUCAGCAUCGCUCUACUAAACUUGUGGAUUAGCAAUGAUUAUAGACCAGAUUUUCU